AUGUCUGUGGGGGCGGAUAAUGAAGCACAACCGUCUACUCCAUCAAGAGCAGAAGGAGGCGGCGGGGCCGCUAACCCGGCCGGAGGGGACGCGGCGGCGGCCGGCGACGAGGAGCGGAAAGUGGGGCUAGCGCCGGGCGACGUGGAGCAAGUCACCUUGGCGCUGGGAGCCGGAGCUGACAAAGACGGGACCCUGCUGCUGGAGGGCGGCGGCCGCGACGAGGGGCAGCGGAGGACCCCGCAGGGCAUCGGGCUCCUGGCCAAGACGCCCCUGAGCCGCCCGGUCAAGAGGAACAACGCCAAGUACAGACGCAUCCAAACUUUGAUCUACGACGCCCUCGAGAGACCGCGGGGCUGGGCGCUGCUCUACCACGCGCUCGUGUUCCUGAUUGUCUUGGGGUGCUUGAUCUUGGCCGUCCUGACCACCUUCAGGGAGUACGAGACUGUUUCAGGAGACUGGCUUCUGCUGCUGGAAACAUUUGCUAUUUUCAUCUUCGGAGCCGAGUUUGCUUUGAGGAUCUGGGCUGCCGGCUGUUGCUGCCGAUACAAAGGCUGGCGGGGACGACUGAAGUUUGCCAGAAAGCCCUUGUGCAUGUUGGACAUCUUCGUGCUGAUCGCUUCAGUGCCGGUGGUUGCCGUGGGAAACCAGGGCAACGUCCUGGCCACGUCCCUGCGGAGCCUGCGCUUCCUGCAGAUCCUUCGGAUGCUGCGAAUGGACCGGAGGGGCGGCACCUGGAAGCUCCUGGGCUCGGCCAUCUGCGCCCACAGCAAAGAGCUCAUCACCGCCUGGUACAUCGGGUUCCUGACGCUCAUCCUUUCUUCAUUUCUUGUCUACCUGGUUGAGAAAGAUGUGCCAGAGGUGGAUGCCCAAGGAGAAGAGAUGAAAGAGGAAUUUGAGACCUACGCGGAUGCCCUGUGGUGGGGCCUGAUUACACUGGCCACCAUUGGCUAUGGAGACAAGACGCCCAAAACGUGGGAAGGCCGUCUGAUCGCAGCCACCUUUUCGUUAAUCGGCGUCUCCUUUUUUGCCCUGCCAGCCGGCAUCCUGGGGUCCGGGUUAGCGCUCAAGGUGCAGGAGCAGCACCGUCAGAAGCACUUUGAGAAAAGGAGGAAGCCCGCUGCUGAGCUCAUCCAGGCCGCCUGGAGGUACUAUGCUACCAACCCCAACAGGAUUGAUCUCGUGGCGACGUGGAGGUUCUAUGAAUCAGUCGUCUCUUUUCCAUUCUUCAGGAAAGAACAGCUGGACCCAGCAGCCAGCCAAAAGCUGGGUCUCUUGGAUCGGGUUCGCCUUUCUAAUCCUCGCGGUAGCAAUACUAAAGGAAAGCUAUUUGCCCCUCUGAAUGUAGAUGCCAUAGAAGAAAGUCCUUCUAAAGAACCAAAGCCUCUUGGCUCAAACAAUAAAGAGCGCUUCCGCACCGCCUUCCGCAUGAAAGCAUACGCUUUCUGGCAGAGCUCUGAAGAUGCUGGGACAGGGGACCCCACAGCAGAAGACAAGGGCUAUGGAAAUGAGUUCCUCAUCGAAGACAUGAUCCCCACCCUGAAGGCCGCCAUCCGAGCCGUCAGAAUUCUACAAUUCCGUCUCUAUAAAAAAAAAUUCAAGGAGACUUUGAGGCCUUAUGACGUGAAGGAUGUGAUUGAACAGUAUUCUGCUGGACAUCUUGACAUGCUUUCCCGAAUCAAGUACCUUCAGACAAGAAUAGAUAUGAUUUUCACCCCUGGACCUCCGUCUACUCCAAAACAUAAGAAGUCUCAGAAAGGAGCCGCCUUCACCUACCCAUCCCAGCAGUCUCCCAGGAAUGAACCCUAUGUAGCCAGACCAUCCACAUCAGAAACUGAAGACCAAAGCAUGAUGGGGAAGUUUGUGAAAGUCGAAAGGCAGGUGCACGACAUGGGGAAGAAACUGGAUUUCCUGGUGGACAUGCACUUGCAGCACAUGGAGCGGCUCCAGGUGCGUGUCACCGACUUCUCCCCGAGCAAGGGGGCCUGCUCGCCAGCCGAGGCCGAGGGGAAAGAGGACCACAGGGACUCGGAUUUGAAAACCAUCAUCUGCAACUAUUCCGAAACGGGCACCCCCGAUGCCCCCUACAGCUUCCACCAGGUGCCCGUCGACAAAGUCGGCCCCUAUGGGUUUUUUGCCCAGGACCCCGUGAACCUGCCCCUAGGGGGACCCAGUUCUGGAAAGGGUCAUGCGGAAAGGGUCACCUAUGCGGAAAGGCCCACCGUCCUGCCUAUCUUGACGCUUCUCGACUCCCGGGGGAGCUUCCGCUCCCAGGCGGAACUGCAUGGCCCCUGCUCGGACCGCGUCUCCCCCCGGCAGAGGUGCAGCCUCACCCGGGACAGCGACACGCCCCUAUCCCUGAUGUCAGUCAACCACGAGGAGCUGGAACGCUCGCCCAGUGGCUUCAGCAUCUCCCAGGACAGAGACGAUUAUGCGUUUGGCCCGAGCGGGGGAUCGAGCUGGAUGAGGGAGAAACGGUACCUGGCCGAGGGUGAGACGGACACGGACACCGACCCCUUCACACCCAGUGGCUCCAUGCCUCUGUCGUCCACAGGGGAUGGCAUUUCUGAUUCAAUAUGGACCCCUUCCGGCAAGCCCACUUAA